GACAGUUAAUCUGCAUGACUCAAUCCAAAAAGUUUUUGUAAAGCUAAGAUAUUGCUCCCGUUGUCAAACAUAGUUUCAUUUUUAAUUCUAAUAAUGGUUCAAAAGCUAAAAGCUGAAGGUUUUGAGCAAUUCCAGACUGUUAUCAGUGAGGUUGAAAACAAGAACCCAAAUGGGGACAUUUUUAUUCUUUUUUCAGGUUCCAAAGAUACAACAGGUCAGAGCUGGUGCCCUGAUUGUGUUGAAGCUGAGCCUGUAAUAGAGAAAGCUUUAGAAAGUGCCCCAGAAGAUGCAAUUUUCAUAUAUGUUGGUGUUGGUGAUAGAUCCUUUUGGAAGGAUCCUAACUGUGUUUUUCGACUUGAUGGCAAAAUCAAAUUAACAUGUGUUCCAACAUUAAUUAAAUGGGGAACAAACAAGAGGCUACUUGACUACCAAUGCAACAACCUUGAUACUGUUCUUAUGAUGUUUGAAGAUUAACACCCAUCCAAAUCAAAAACUUGAACAAAUCUUGUACCUUUGGUUUGAUUUUUGAUUCGAUUUAAGGUAUUGGGUUGGUUCAGUGCAAACAUGAUAUGUGUUGUAUCAAAGAUAUGGUAUCAUUAGUAGUCUUGCCAUUCCAUGUCUUUUUAGGCAGCCAUUUUAGCAGAGAAAUUGGUACACUUUGGGGCUAUAAAGUGUAAUUUGAAAAAUUAUCCCCUUUUGAAAGCAAAAUGAAUUAAUAUUGUUAUCUUGUCAUUAUUUUCACGACACUGUAAUGCCAAAAACAAGCCUUGAAUAACUAAUGUGUUGAAACGACAGGGUACUACCUUAAAUCGCGUACACACUGAAGUUUCAUUGUUACUUGAAUACAUUACCACUAGCGCGCCUAUUAAUAUAGAAUGCUGUGAUUUGUGGCUAUCAUUCAUGUGUGUGGUGAAAAAGUAUGGGCUAGAAAAAUCAAAUUUGUUAUCAUGAAAUCACGUGGUUUCCUUUCUUGCCUUAACCAAGUCGCAAUCUUGUUGCGUGCGAAAGCGUUGCUCCUGUUUGUGCACAAUAGAUACGCUUGUGGAUAUUCUUUCAGAGCUA